AUGUUCAGCUCGGUUGACAUGACCUCCUUUUUAUUAAGGGCGGUGCCCAGGGCAGAGCUGGUGCUGCUCCAAAAUACCUUGAUAGACAUCAGCGAGGAUGAGCUGGCAGCCCUGGGCGAUGAGGACAGUGCUCCCACAGCGCCAGGCACCAGGAAAGACACAUCACUGACUGAGCUGCAGUCGUUUGUGGAUCUGGUGUACACCCAUGGCCGCUCUGUGACAAGCCUGCAGUGGCUGCCGCACCGCAAGCCGGAGUGCAUCCUGGAUGCUCCUGUUGAAGUGGGCACCUUUGAAAUCAACCCGGGCAUGCCCCACAUUGUGGCUGGCGGCUGCUCCACUGGGCAGAUCAUCCUUUGGGACACCUCAGCCCACGAUGAGCACAUAGCAGCGACACGGGGAGAGAAGCCUUCGGCGACAGAGGGCAAGAAAUCUCCACCUCAAAUUGCUCAUCAGCACCUGUCCUGCGUGGACCACUCUCACAGGGGCCCGGGGGAGGAAAGGAGCCGGCCUGGGAAUGACUCUGCCUUCUUUGCAUCCACAGCCGCUGACGGCCGGGUGCUGUUCUGGGAUAUGCGCGUGUGGCGAUUCAGAAAGGCCAAGAAGGAGCAGGAUGCAUCAGAGGUGGUGUGGAAGCCAGUUUAUGCGGUUCCACUGAAGGCUUUCGGCGGCAACGAUGUGCCCUGCUGCUGCCUCAGCUUUGCUGGUACACCCCACAGCGGCCGGCCCAUGCUCAUAGGCUUGCAGGAUGGAGACAUUGUAUCCGAGAGCUUCUCCCGCAACGAUACUUCCCAGGCAGCAGAUGGGGGUGAGGCAGAAAAGGCGGCGGCUGGAAGAAAUCCAGCGCACAGCAGCGGAGUGACGGCACUGGCGGUGUCGCCGUUCAUCGACAACCUGAUCCUGAGCGUGGGCGGCUGGGAUUGGGCCUUGUGGCAGGCUGACAGGCUGGAGGCGCCGCUCAUGCGCUGCGCAAGCGCGCCCUGUGCCUACACCUGCAUUGCCUGGAGCCCCACCCGGCCAGGUGUGCUGUUUGCCGGCCGCGCGGAUGGUCUAGUGGAGGCGUGGGAUCUGCUGGAAUGCAGCCACAAGCCGGUGCUGGUUUCCGCGGCGUCCACCGCAGCCGUCACCAGCCUCUGCUUCAGCCCAGAUGCCCCCGUCGCUGCCACCGCCAAGCGGACCUCCACCCAACAGUUGCUGGCUAUCGGCGAUGCAGCGGGCCUGCUGCAUGUGAUGGAGGUACCGCGCAGCCUCCGCAGGCGCAUGCACAGCGAGGCCAAGGCGCUGACUGGACUCCUGCAGCGCGAACUGCAGCGCCUGAUCUGGCUGGCUGCCUCAGCCGCCCCCGGCGCUCCCAUGAAGGGACCAUCGCAGGUGGAAUCAGACAGCCAUGGACAGCAGGGAGCAACAGCAACGCCGACACUUGCAGAGGAGGAUGAGCGGAUCCAGGAGCUGGAGUAUCGGAAGAUGGAGGCCGUUUACCGGAUUGAGACAGCGUUGGGUCUGCUGCUAGGCUUCUCGAUCUAUGCAAGCCUGCAGGGAGCCAGCAGCGGCACUUCCACUGAAUAUGCUGCACCUGAAAUCGCCCGCUCACACACCAGUGCCAACGGGCAAGCCAGGUCCCCAAGGGCAGCCAUUGCACAGGCAGCCGUGGCCAAUGCAAGCUGCUCGCUGCAGAAUGCCACCUACGCAGGCCGCGUGCUGAAAGUUGGCGGUGCCAACAUCAAGCCGUCCUCGGAAGCCUGCUGGAAAGCUUGCAAGCACACGGAGAGGUGCAAUGCGUGGACGUGGUGUGCGGACGAGUCAGGCUGCAUGGAUGAAAAUGGGCGCCUGAUCCCCUUCAAGGGGUGUCAACUCAAGGACGAGCCCAUGCAAGCUUGGGGCCUGCCCAGUCAGCGACAAGUGGCCUCCCACAAAAUUGCCAACUACUUCUCCGGCUACAUGCGGCAUCGCAAGCCGGACCAGCGCACCUUCAUCCGUCUGCACUCUGCGCCGCUGACAACACUCAUGGUGGCCACCUACGUGCCGCCCAGCUCGUGCACGGCUGACAAGGGGGACUUCUUCACGCUGCUGGGAAUCAUGAACAAGCAGGACUAUGCGCGCUGGCAUUCCUGCGAGUUUGUGCUGGGCGCCAAAACGUUCGACCCCUCCCUUCGUCCCCCCGGCGACCCCCAGGCAUGCUUCAAACCCUGCCAACAACCCCUGUUCCCUACCACUCAAGGGGAGGGGACGUGGAACAAGGUGGGUAUGCUGCGCAAGCUGCUGGAGGAUACCCCUCCGCACCGCGCAGAGUGGAUCCUCUUCAUGCAGCCGGAUGCCAUCAUCGAUGACACCUCCUUCACGUUCCCAUUUGAGUCGUACCGGGACAAGGACUUCAUCCUUCUGGGCAACGCCACACAGCUGCGCAACGGAGAGUUCCGCGCUUCUGUGGAACGCGGUGGCCCGGCAGCGGCCGACCUGGGAGUAUUUGUGCUGCGCAACAGCCGCUGGAGCCGCCGGCUGCUCGACCUACUUGCCAACGAAGCCAAGACCUACACCCCCACCAGCCGGUCGCUGCGCGAGGACGUGAAGCUUGACCCGGUAGCGGCUGCGUUGGCUCGGCUCAUAGUGCGCAUGCCGGAGCGACUGCUGCCCAAGAUGCACUUCGAGGGCGACUUCUGCAUCGGCUGCGACUGGCGCCGCAUCAACCUCACCGAAUCCUCCAAGGUGGAGACGACGAAGGAGUGGGGAGAGGAGAACAAGCGGUGGAACCUGUUCAUAACGCGUUUCUACGACUGUGAAUUCUGCGACGCGGGCCGCGGCAAGGAGCCCUUGGCAAAAUGCCACAAGAGCUACCUCGAACACUACGAUUUUGCCUACUGCCGAUUCCACAGGCGAGCCUGCAGUGCUAUUUCUAAGCUGAUAAAGGCGAUUCAUCGGGAGGAGGAGACAGGGCACCCGCUGAAGAUGAUGAUCAGGGACCUGGGCAUCCCCAAGGCCAGCCUCAACGAGUCCUCCUUUGACUGGCCCGUCCGCCACAACACCGUCCUCAAGCACGCCACCCACUUUCACACCCCCUCUGACCACGAGGCAAGCUGCUGGGAGGCCUGCGUCAAGGACGACAAGUGCUCAAUGUGGGUCUGGUGCAACUACCGAAACGGCUGCGAUGACAACGGCAACUUUGACGGCACCUUUCCGUACAAGGGCUGCCAGCUGAUGUCCCUGGAAAAGGGAAUUCCGGUGCAGCAAUGGUACCGGGGGCCCCAGUUCUCCUCAGUCAUGUCCGGCUUCAUCACAGGCAGGGUCACUCCCUACAUCCACUUCAUUUACAAGCACCCGGCGCGGAACUGGAUGAACAAGCGGCUGGGGCUACCCGGCAGCAGCAAGGAGCGCAUCAUUGUGCUGACUGGGAUCCACCCCAUCCCAUGCACCACCCCCUUUGGCGACUACUUCAUGAGCCUCCAGCUGCAGAACAAGCAGGAUUGGGCGCGUCUGCGUUCGUACGAGGUGCACCAGAUGGCGGAGCUGGUCGACUCCCACAUGCGCCCAGGGCCCUGGCAGAAGGUCGGCAUGAUACGCAAGGCGCUGAACACGAUAACGCGCGAGCGUGCGGAGUGGCUCUUGUGGCUGGACAUGGACAUGGUGCUGGAGAACAUCACCUUCAGCCUCCCCCUCGACUCCUACGCCGGCAAGGACUUCAUCCUCUGGGGGCAGCCCGAAUGGAUCAUGAAGGGCCACAAUGCCAAGGGCCUGAACACGGGGUCGGUGCUGAUCCGUAACACGGAGUGGUCGCGCACGCUCAUCGCUGACAUGGCGACCUACGGCAAAUACCCAGUGGACUGGAGCAAGGAGGAGAUGCUGCGCGCCGCUGUUCCCUCCUAUGACAUCGGCAUGUACGAGCAGAACAUGCUCAUGCACUUUGAGCACGGCUUCUGCAUCAACUGCUGGUACAAGGACCUGGACUCGCCUCAGGUCAAGCACCCGCCAUUCGUGGUGCACUUUGCCGGCUGCCAGAUGUGCACGGGGUAUCACCCCGAGAAGCUGGGGGAAUGCGCCACCGAAUUCGUGCGCAGCUACGCGGAAGCUCUCGUGCGCCUGAAUGAUGAGGUCACCAAGGGGAACCUGUGA